AUGGAUCCGUGUGCGGUAGACCGGGCUCGGACAGCCUAUGAACGCCUCACGGCCGAGGAGAUGGACGAGCAGAGGCGACAGAAUGUUGCCUAUCAGUACCUGUGCCGUCUGGAAGAAGCCAAGCGCUGGAUGGAGGUGUGCUUGAAGGAGGAACUUCCUGCCCCAGUAGAGCUGGAGGAGAGCCUCCGGAAUGGAGUGCUACUGGCCAAGCUGGGCCACUGUUUUGCACCCUCUGUGGUCCCCCUGAAGAAGAUCUAUGACAUGGAACAGCUGCGGUACCAGGCAACGGGCUUGCAUUUCCGGCACACAGACAACAUCAACUUUUGGCUCUCUGCAGUAGCACACAUCGGCCUGCCUUCGAUCUUCCUCCCAGAGACCACGGACAUCUACGACAAGAAGAAUAUGCCUCGGGUGAUCUAUUGCAUUCAUGCUCUCAGUCUCUUCCUCUUCCGGCUGGGAUUGGCCCCUCAGAUCCAUGACCUGUAUGGGAAGGUGAAAUUCACAGCUGAGGAACUCAGCAACAUCGCCUCUGAACUGGCCAAAUAUGGCCUCCAGUUACCAGCCUUCAGCAAGAUCGGGGGCAUCCUAGCCAAUGAGUUUUCAGCUGAUGAGGCUGCAGUCCAUGCAGCUGUUCUUGCCAUCAACGAUGCAGUGGAGCGAGGCGUGGUGGAGGACACUCUGACUGCCUUGAAGAAUCCUAAUGCUCUUCUGGGGAAUCUUCGGGAACCUCUGGCAGCUGUCUACCAAGAGCUGCUGGCCCUAGCCAAGAUGGAGAAGGCUGCCAAUGCCAGGAACCACGAUGAUGGUCAAGAACAGGACAUCUAUGAGUCCUGCCUCACCCAGGCAGAGAUCCAGGGCCACAUCAACCUUGCCAAUGUCCAGGGGGCUCUAGAAGUUGUUGAUGAUGCUCUGGAGAGACAAAGCCCUGGGGCCUUGCUUGAGGCCCUUCAAGAUCCUGUCCUGGCCCUGCAAGGGGUGAGAAGAGAUUUGGCUGGCUGGUACCUGGAACAACUGAGUUCGGACAGAGAGCAGAAGUCACAGGAGCUGGGUCUGGUGAGGCUUCUGGAAAAGGAGGAGGUCCAGGCUGGGGUGGCUGCAGCCAAUGAGAAGGGCGGUCAAGAGCAAGAGCUGGGCCAGGAAGAGCUCUUUGUGGCUGUGGAGAUGCUCUCCGCUGUGGUUCUGAUUAACCGUGCUCUGGAAACUAGAGAUGCCUGUGCCUUCUGGGCCAAUCUGGUGAACCCUGCUACUGGCUUGGCCCAGGUCGAAGAAGAAAAUGCUCAACGUUACUUCGAUGCCCUGGUGAGGGUGCAGCAGCUUCGAGGACUGGAUAGAGCCUUCCUGAGCUGGAAUGACCUGCAGGCCGCCGUGUGCCAGGUCAAUGCACAGGUCCAGGAGGAAACAGAGCAGGUCCUCGCCAUCAGCCUCAUCAAUGAGGCUCUGGACCAGGGUUAUCCUGAAAAAACUCUGUCUGCUCUGCUGCUUCCAGCAGCUGGCCUGGAAGACGUCAGCCUUCAUGUGGCACCUCGGUAUCAUCUCCUCCUCGUGGCAGCCAAGAGGAAGAAAGCCAAGGUGACAGGAGAUCCUGAGGCUGUACUGUGGCUGGAGGAGAUCCGCCAGGGAGUGGCCAGAGCCAAUGAGGACACAAACACAGCCCAGAGAAUAGCCCUGGGUGUGGCUGCCAUCAAUCAGGCCAUCAAGGAGGGCAAGGCAGCCCAGACAGAGCGGGUGUUGAGGAACCCCAACGUGGCUCUCCGAGGGAUAGUUCCCAACUGUGCUGACAGCUACCAGCAGGCCCUGGAAGAAGCCGUGGCGAAGAAGCGACGUCCCGGGGACACAGCCUUCUGGGUCCAGCAUGACAUGAAGGAUGGCACGGCCUACUACUUCCAUCUGCAGACCUUCCAGGGGACUUGGGAGCAUCCCCCCAGCUGCCACCUCAAUGCCUCCCAUCUAACCUGGGAGGAGAUCCAGUCAGUCAUCACCAAGGUCACCGCUGCCCAUGACCGCCAGCUCCUCUGGAAGGCCAACGUUGGCUUUGUCAUCCAGCUUCAGGCCCGCCUCCGGGGCUUCCUUGUCCGCCAGAAGUUUGCUGAGCGUUCCCACUUCCUCAGGACCUUGCUCCCAGCCAUCAUCAAGAUUCAGGCUCACUGGCGGGGUCAUAGACAACGGAAGACUUACCAGCAGCGGCUGGAGUACUUUAAAGCAAACCUGGCUGCGAUAGUCAAGAUCCAGGCCUGGGCCCGAAUGUGGGCAGCCCGGAGGCAAUACCUCAGACGCCUUCGAUACUUCCAGAAGAAUGUUGACUCCGUUGUGAAGAUCCAAGCAUUUUUCCGAGCCAGGAAAGCCCGUGAUGACUACAGGAUGUUAGUGCACGCACGCCACCCUCCCCUCUGUGUGGUACGCAAGUUCGCCCACCUCUUGAACCAGAGUCAGGAGGACUUCUCAGCUGAAGCGGAGCUGCUGAAGCUCCAGGAAGAAGUGGUCAGGAAGAUCCGGUCUAAUCAGCAGCUGGAGCAGGACCUCAACCUCAUGGACAUCAAGAUUGGCCUGCUGGUCAAGAACCGGAUCACCCUGCAGGAGGUGGCAUCCCACUGCAAGAAGCUGACGAAGAAGAAUAAGGAGCAACUGUCGGACCUGAUGAUCCUGGACAAGCAGAAGGGAUUAAAGUCCCUGAGCAGAGAGAAACGGCAGAAGCUGGAAGCCUACCAGCACCUUUUCUACUUACUGCAGACUCAGCCCAUCUAUCUGGCCAAGCUGAUCUUUCAGAUGCCUCAGAACAGAACCACCAAGUUCAUGGAGGCUGUGAUUUUCAGUCUGUACAACUAUGCCUCCAACCGCCGGGAGGCAUACCUUCUGCUCCAGCUGUUCAAGACAGCGCUCCAGGAGGAAAUCAAGUCAAAGGUGGAACAGCCCCAGGAUGUGGUGACAGGCAACCCGACCGUGGUGCGGCUGGUGGUGAGGUUCUACCGCAAUGGGCGGGGACAGAGCGCUCUGCAGGAGAUCCUGGGUAAGGUUGUCCAGGAUGUGCUGGAAGACCGGGCAGUCAGCAUCCACACAGAUCCUGUCCACAUCUAUAAGAGCUGGAUCAACCAGGGGGAGGCCCAGACCGGCCAGCGCAGCUGUCUCCCCUAUGAUGUCACUCCUGAGCAGGCUUUGAGCCACGCUGAAGUCCAGAGACGGUUGGACAUCUCCCUACGCAAUCUCCUCGCCAUGACUGACAAGUUCUUUGUCGCCAUCAACUCAUCUGUGGAUCACAUCCCGUAUGGGAUGCGGUAUAUGGCCAAAGUCCUGAAGACAACCCUGGAGAAGAAGUUCCCCAGUGCCACGGAGAGCGAAGUCUAUAAGGUGGUUGGGAACCUCCUGUACUACCGCUUCCUGAACCCAGCUGUGGUAGCCCCUGACGCCUUCGACAUUGUGGCCAUGGCAGCAGGCAGCACGAUGGCCGCCCCACAGCGCCAUGCCCUAGGGGCCGUGGCUCAACUCCUUCAGCAUGCUGCCGCUGGCAAGGUCUUCUCCGGGGAGAGCCAACACCUUCGAGUCCUGAACGGCUACCUGGAGGACAUGCAUCUCAAAUUCAGGAAGUUCAUCUACAGAGCCUGCCGGGUACCAGAGCCAGAGGAGCGCUUCGCCAUAGAUGAGUACUCAGAUACGGUAGCUGUGGCCAAACCUGUGGUGUACAUCACUGUCGGGGAGCUGAUCAGCACACACAAGCUCUUGCUGGAACACCAAGACCACCUGGCCCCGGAUCACCAAGACCCUCUGCACCAGCUCCUGGAGGACCUCGGGGAGCCACCCACCACCUCUGACCUCGUCGGUGAGAACAUAGCCACAGAUGGGCAGGUGGAUCUGAGCAGGCUCGAAGUGUCCCUGACCCUCGCCAACAAGUUCGAAGGGCUGGAGGCAGAUACUGACCACACCAGCAACCAAAGCCUGCUUCUGAGCACCAAACAGAUGCUGGCUGACCUCAUCCAGUUCCACCCUGGGGACUCCCUGGAGGAGAUCCUGUCCUUCUCAGCUCCCAGAGAACAGGAAGAGGCCCAUCAUCGGCUGAUGUGUUGGCGUCAGGCCUGUGACACCCAGAAACCAGAGUCGCUUCGACGACACCACUCGAUGAUGUCACACUCCCUCCUGCCACUGGCAGAGAAGCAGCGGCGUGUCCUGCGGAACCUGCGUCGGCUGCAGGGCCUGGGGCUGGUCAGGGCCAGUGACUGCUAUCAGGGACUGGUGGAUGAGCUGGCCAAGGACAUCUUUAACCAGCGCAGGCACCGGCAGCGGCGGAAGGCAGAGAUACUGAGACUCCGGGCCACACUGCAGGGCCUGGAUGCAAAAACCACCUUCUGUGAGGAGCAGGGCGACUACUACAACCAGUACAUCCAGGCCUGCCUCGACCACCUGGCCCCCAAAGCCAAGAGUUCUGGGAAGGGGAAGAAGCAGCCCUGUCUUCAUUACACAGCCGCCCAGCUCCUGGAAAAGGGCGUCUUGGUGGAAAUUGAAGAUCUCCCUGUCUCUCACUUCAGGAACGUCAUCUUUGACAUUACCCCUGGAGAUGAGGCGGGAAGGUUUGCCGUAAAUGCCAAGUUCCUGGGUGUGGACAUGGAGCAGUUUCAGCUCCACUACCAGGACCUCUUGCAGCUGCAGUAUGAGGGGGUGGCUGUCAUGAAGCUCUUUAACAAAGCCAAAGUCAAUGUCAAUCUUCUCAUCUUCCUCCUCAACAAGAAGUUCCUUCGGAAGUGAUGGCGGCCGUGGUGCUGCCCGGCCCGGCCUCUCAGCUGACAGGCUGCUGUGCCUUCACAUUAACCUGCUGCGCUCCUGCAGACCAGGCUCAGGCCUGCUCGUGACUCACGGUUCUCCACCCUUCCUGCCCAAGAGGAAUUGUCCUGCUUGGCUACAAACACUAGUGUUCCCACCCGGGUGAAGUGGGCCUUGCUUCCAGGUCCAGCUGUAUGGCUUUUCCCACACAUCUGGCCCCAGCUCUGUGAACCAGAAACCUGCACUCGUUCCUGGAAAGGCCUUCGAGGGGUCCUCCCAGUGUCUGCAAGUCCUUGCAGUGCUGCCGAACAGACUGUCUCCCUUCCUUUCCACAGACUGCCAAAGCCGGGGUCGGGCUGUCUGC